UUUCGGUUUCGGUUUGGUUUUGAACACCCCUACCAUUAAUUACUAAUUUAAUCCUUUGAAAAACUAUGAAUAAAUUUUAUUUCUUCAUUCACAUAACAUAACUCUCUCAAUUGUUCUCAUAGCAGAAUAUUGUUGUUUUCCAAAUUUCCAACUAAGAAAAGUUGCCCCAAUUAGCUGGUUAUAUUCACUUGGAGAUGACAUUUUGCCCUAAGACAAAAAAUCUCAGUGAGUGAAUGCAUGCUACCCCAUAUGGCAUUUAGAUUCCGGGAAACUUUGCAUAGGUAGAAGCAAAAGCUGUAGGCAGAAAAGGUCAAGGAUGUCAAUCAUUUAAAACCAUAUGGUAACGAGGAGAUGAGGCACUAUUGAGCAACCCAAGACAAUAGCCAACUUUAACUGCAACACAUUAAAUAGAACUUAAAUGCUGAUACAAACCAGGACCAGAGUACUAAAUUUUAGGUAGAAAUCUGUGCCAAACCAUCCAUGAAUUCUGUCUAAGAAUUCUCCCAGUUUUUCGAGUAGACAACAGUAGAUAUAUAUGAAGUCAAAGAAUUGAAUUCCGGUAUAUCUAAAAUCUAUCCCCUCCUAUUUACUUGUUACUAUAGCCUUUUGUUACGCCAAUUAAGAAAACAUUAGCAAUAGGAGUUACUCGUAUUUGACUAGAUUGCUCGUAUUUGUUCUUUUAUCUCUCAAUCUUUUUAUUACUUCUCUAAAACAUUUGUUAUAGUAGUAUAUGCAAAAUUGAAAAACAUAAUUAAUAAUUUCUUGGUUCACAUAGAUGAUAAGUAUUUUGGAACAACUAUUUUUUGCAAAUGUAACAAGUAAAUUAGAUUGGAGGGAGGAAUUAUGUGUCUUUUAAGGUUUUUGCACACCCCUUAACUUUAAUCAUUAGAUGUAUUUGUCUAAACUACCUUAUCUCCCCCUUAAACGUCUCACGUGAUUAACACUCCACUACAGUAAGAUAUAUAUGUUGAAAAAGUUUAAUAAUGACUUCUCACUUUUCUAAAAUACCAAUAUUUUAAAACAAAUUCAGUCGGCCAUAAACGACUGAUAUUUUGAAUUGAGUUGACUACCCUCUAUAAAUAGAGCUCUUGCCUCUACUCGCCCUCUCAUCACAAGUCACAAGAGGUGUCUACAAGCAAGGACAUAUAUAGAGUGUAUAGAAGAUAUAUAUGGGACAGGGGAAAAGGCUGUCAUCAAAGACACUCUUUGGGUGUCUGUUAAUGCUGAUGAUAGUGUGUGAGAUGACUUCUCCCAGUUUUGGGUGCCCAACAGAUGGUGAUGGCUGCAGAAAUUGCAUAGUAAAUCACAUGAAGGUCGACUGUCCAAAAUGCGCGCCUAUCAUGCGUUGCAUGGCCAAAUGCUUGUGGGGCGGAACUUCUCGCACCAAGUGCACGAAGAAGUGUGAUUGCAAAGGUGUCUACCCAAGGCUUUCUGAUUGCAAGAAUUGCUUGUCACAAUGCAAAUGUAGUUGCAGCUCUGUCUAAUGCAUCAUCUCGUUCUGCAU